AAGACAUGGUAGAAAUAGUUGACCAUUCUAGAAUUGUUAAAAAUUGUCCAUUGCUUGAUAUUUCUCAACCUGGGAAUCAGAAUAUUUUAAACCAAGAACAUCAAGAUAGACUGUCUCAUCAUGAUCAAAAGGUUAGCUUAAACUGCUCAGGCCAAUUUUUAGGACAGCAAGAUCAACAAGGAAUACAGAAUUACACGGAUCAACAGUUUGACAAUGUUUAUAGAUAUAAACAGGUUGACCAAAGAUCUAUGUUAAACCAACAAAACCAAUUAGAUCAAAAGAGACAAAAUCAAACUGAAGUUAAAAGAUCGAUGCGGUCGGGUGGAAACAGGAGUCUAAGCUCUCAAAACCUUUAUUGUAGACAAACUCAAGCUGAUCAUUCCAGAAUAAACACAAAUGGUUACCACGUAAAGCAAGAUCAACCAGAAAUACAUAUCAGACUUAAUUCACGUAAUCAACAGUUACUGUACCGCUCGGUUCAAGAUGUUAGAUCUGUUAAAUUGGACACAGUUUUUAAAUCCAAUAAGUUAGAUCAGAACUCUCAAAAACAAUCUGAUCAACAAAUGAACUACUAUGGUCAAAUUCAUCCAGGUCACCAUAAGAAACCUAAUCCAUCAGAUGAGAAUGCAAGUUUAAACCAACAAAAUCGGUACAAUAGAUUUAACCAGUAUGACUCUCAUGAGAGACUUAAUCACCCAGAACAGAAUUCAAGAUUAAACCAGCAAGAUCAAUGUGGAAGAGGAAGACCUAACCAACUAUUGCAACAUAACAAACUUAAUAACCCAGAACCGAAUUCAGGGUUAAGCCAACAAGUUCAACAUGGAAGACCUAACCAACUACUGCAACAUAACAAACUUAAUAACCCAGAACUGAAUUCAGGGUUAAGCCAACAAGUUCAACAUGAAAAACUUGACCAACUACUGCAACAUAACGAACUAAAUCACCCAGAAUCGAAUUCAGGGUUAAGCCAACAAGUUCAACAUGGAAGACCUAACCAACUAAUGCAGCAUAACAAACUUAAUAACCCAGAGCCAAAUUCAGAGUUAAGCCAACAAGUUCAACAUGAAAAACUUGACCAACUACUACAGCCUACCAAAUUUAAUCACCCAGAACAGAAGUCAAGAUUAAACCAGCAAAAUCAACAUGGAAAACCUGUCCAAUUACUGCAGCAUAACAAACUUAAUCAUCCAGAAUCGAAUUCAGGGUUAAGCCAACAAGUUCAACAUGAAAAACUUGACCAACUACUACAGCCUACCAAAUUUAAUCACCCAGAACAGAAGUCAAGAUUAAACCAGCAAAAUCAACAUGGAAAACCUGUCCAAUUACUGCAGCAUAACAAACUAAAUCACCCAGAACUGAAUUCAGGGUUAAGCCAACAAGUUCAACAUGGAAGACCUAACCAACUACUGCAGCAUAACAAACUAAAUCACCCAGAACUGAAUUCAGGGUUAAGCCAACAAGUUCACCAUGAAAAACUUGACCAACUACUGCAACAUAACGAACUAAAUCACCCAGAAUCGAAUUCAGGGUUAAGCCAACAAGUUCAACAUGAAAAAUCUGACCAACAACUGCAGGGUAACAAACUUAACCACCCAGAACAGAAUACAAAAUUAGGUGCACGAGGUCAACAUGAAAGACUUAAUCAGCCAGAUCAACAUGACAAAGUUAACCAACUAGAGAGCCAUAAUGGUGAGAUUGAAGUAUCUCUGCAUCAGUCACAUAACAUAAAUGUAGCUGGCUUGCCCCUCAAAGUUUCACCACAAGAAAAGCCAAAGAAGCUCAACACAAUCAUAAAAUCUAGUUCGUACUCAAGUGAAAAGAAAGGUAUCCAGACUGCAACAUGGAUGAUUGACUCUGUAAAGAAUCAUGGAGUGUUGACAUCAUGA